AUGGGAAGACGUCGAAAGAGUUCUAAAUGGUGUGCCACGAUUAAUCGAUACGGUUUUCAAAAGAACGAAAUCGCAGUGAGUAGGCAGUUAUUGGCCGCUGAUCCAGAGCACAGCUUUGUGAGCAGAUAUGUGCUAAAGCAAUGCGAUGGUUGUUAUAAAGCCCACCAAUGGGCGGAUUUGGGCUACAAUGCCACCGAAGAACUAACAAGAAGGAUCUCCCGUUGUGAGAGGAUCCGCGAACUCGGCAUCACUGGAGUAUGCAUUGGAGCGGACUUCAAAAAUUUCAACUCCUGCCACCGCCUAAGGGAUAUGGCUAAUGACUAUGCAAUCAUGUACUCGAUGUUCCCAAGCAAGUGGCGUGAGCUGGGGAGCUCUGAAGAAGCAGUGCAAGACUGGAUGAGAUGUUGCAAAUGGCUUGAGGAUGCCGCAUUAAACUGCCGUAUGAGACUAGAAGAUCGAAAAGAGGAAGAGCAAAUACGAACGGCACUUAAUGAAAGGAGGCAUAUUGUGGAAGCAACACGGGCUUUCCUCGAAUGGGAACGUUGCGGCGUGCUGCAACCGAGAGACCGAGAAAGAGUCACCAUCGAGCUGGGAGAGGAUGAUUCUAUUAUGAUCUAUGAUAGUGUGGUGCUGAGCGCAUUGCACUUCACAUCCUUUUGCGCGAGCGGCAGACCCAUGGAAGGGGUGAAGCAAGAAAUAUGGAGCAACCAGUGUGAAUAUCUACGAAAUAAGGUGACCAGCCACAGCAACAUGGGCUACCUACAUCGCUGCUUGGGCACUCUGAUAUCGGCACCCUUUGGGAAUACGUCGAAGCAUGAUGUUGUGGGCAGGCUACACGCCCUGAACCAGCAAUUCGCUACGAUGGUUCGCAGAGGAGCUCUGCUCCGCAAUACCUUUCGGGUUUUCAGUACAGUAAUGGACUACUGGUCUCAGUACAAAGAUAGACGAAGCAUAGAGGAAGUGGCACCACGGAUGAGUGGACUCCCCAAUCACAUAGUAUACGGAGACCAGAGAGACGACUAUCGAAGCCGUCAAUGUUACGGAGUCGUACAGCCUGCACCUCCUCGCUUUCAAGUAAAGAAAACUCGAGUGUCCGAGGGGAUUAAGGCUCGCGGAGCUUCAGACUUGGCUCAAAGCAUGCUAAGUUGCGGAAGGCCUAAUCGGACGCGAAGGAGCCUUGAGGCUGAGUGGGCUUACAAACUGAAUGUACCCCGCUGGGGUGGCACGCCCAUCUGGAUACGCCUGGACAGAUAUGGCAGUUGGGUGUAUAAGAAAGUGACCACGAUGUGGCAGGCGCCCGAGAAGAUCUGGCGAGUCUUCUGCGAGUUAAUAGAUUACAGUGCUGUCGGACAAAGAGAGGAGAUACACCAAAUUGACGGCUGGUAUCACAUAUGGGAUGAGACCUGCGUCACCACUAGUAAAGAGAACGAAGCGAACUAUGUGUAUGGAGUGGUAUCACCGGUGGAACUUGGUGUCUCCACCUACACCAAGGGCUGUUGGGAUCAAUACGUGUGGAUUGACGGAAUGAGCCUCGGCCCAGUAAUGGUAGUUGACCAAAUCAAUGCCAUUGAGCUCAAUUGGCCACGCUGCCAUAGCCAUUCCACCAGAGUACAGGGAUAG